UUGAAUUCUCGUCCCCUUCCUAUUUUAAAGAAGAGGAACGUGUUCCUGACGUGUUCAACUACUUUCUCUCUCUGCGCUGAACCAAAUUGAAAUUAGUAAUUAGCAUCAUCGCCAACAGAAAAAUUGGUUCCAAACUUCUCUGUACAAAUCCGCAUUUAUUUAUGCACUCUUCUUCUCCCUCCCUUUAACUGUCUUUCUGUUUUAUAUUCUUUGUUAUGAAGUUACUCGCUCCGUGUUCCAUUGCCUUUCGUUCUUCUUUGUUUUCAUGGAACACCCAUUUCUCAGGUGCUAGUGGGAAUUUUGGAGAAGAAGGUUUUGGUGAUAAGAAGAAGGGGUUUGAGGGUGUUGUUUUUCUUAAUGGAGAAAGGUGACGAUGGACGCUGCAUUUUCCCUCUUACGAGUUUGCAAAUUGGAGACUUGCAAUCUUAUUUUGCAGAUCUUAGUCUUUUUCUUGUAAAUGAUAGCAAAAAAAUGUAUAUUUUGGUUGACAACAGACCAUGGUUGUUGAGUGACCUUGGUUCACGGGGAGUACACAUUUGGCAAUUGAUGGUUACUAAGUCAAGGCUAUCUCCCUUUGCAUAUUCCAAAGCUCGAAGAGAGAGGAAGGAAGGCAAGGAGAUUUGUCCUCAAUCAAGUUCAAGUAAACCAAAGAAAUUUAUGAGAUGGUUCCCGUUGAUUGAAGCAGUGAUGUUAUCAAGAAAGAAAGUUUUGCUUCCUGUGAAAAACCUGAGGAAUUCUUUACAAUUGAGCAGUGAAUUGCAUAGAACUCUGUAUGGCUUUAUUGUAUUUGAAGUUGCAUGGGCUGGUGUUCGUGGUAUUAACUACUAUAAUGAACUUCAGACUGAUACAUCACUAGCUAUAGAAGCUAAACUGAUGAAAAGAUGGGAAUUUGACAGUAUAGCUCAAGCUGCAGGCUGUAUGUCUUCAUGGUUCUCAGGAACACCUUCUGAACAGCUGCUUCUGAAAGAACAUCUGGAUUCCGCCUCAGGGGACAUAUUUUAUGAUGCUAGUGAAGAUUUUUCUGGCACUGUAUCUGUUGAUGAUGGUGAUGAUAAUAUCUGCAGAAUUUUGACUGUUGAAGAUAGUUUGGGUACCAAUGUUGGAGUAUAUACUGAUGAUACAGAAGAAACAACAGACAUGCUACAUGCACCUCCUCCUUCUGGACCGAAUAAGAGAAGAAAAUUAAUGAAUUCCUUUAGUGCUGGAGUUGAAGUUGAUAGCUACUCGACAGCUGAAAUUGAUAACUCAUUGGAUUAUUCUCAGACCUCUAGCUGUGUUUCUGAUGAUACAGUUGAAACCACUCAAGAUGAUACACUUGAAACCACUCAAGAUGAUAUAGUUGAAACUACUCAAGAUGAUACAGUUGAAGCAACACAAUAUAGUGAUGUUCUACUGUCAUUUAGGUUUGAUGAUCAUGACCUUCCAUUUAAAUUCAGGGAAGUCAUAGUAUCUGAUCUGCGAUUGCUUACUUUGUUGGAGGCUGGUCUUCCAUCUUGGGUCAUCUUCCUUCAGUCAUAUCCAGUGUUAUGCAAUCUUUAUCGUCCUUGGAUGUGCCCACUUGCAAGACUUUUAUAUUUUUUGAUCUCAUUUGUUACUGUCCUCAUUGGAUUCUAUGAUUUAUACAAAAAUGUUCCUGUUCUCAAGGCAACUGCAUCUCGUUUAUGUGGGCCUCUUCUUGAUUGGAUUGAAACUUGGGAGAUGGUUUCAAGGGUCAAAUACUUAGGCACAAUGCUGUUUCUACAUAACUUCCAGAAGGCUGUUAGGUGGUUUCUUGCCUUUACACAUACCAUGAGAUCAUUUUUUUCCAUUCUUGUUCAACCUGUUGUAGAGUCACUGGUGGAGAUUUUUGGAUUUCUUCUCCCAAGCUUGAAGUUUUUGUUUGAAUUAGCAGAAAGCAUCUUUUCUGUCAUUUGGCUCGUAGUGGAUACUUCUUUUGAUAUAGUGGGAAAUGUACUGGAGCUACUCUUUUCACCAUUGUGGUUUGUCCUCAAUGUUGUUUGGAGCAUUGCUACUUGUAUCUUAUAUCCUCUAUUUUGGGUUCUUUGGGAAUUACUAUAUGCUCCUGUUCGUCUUGUUCUGGUGAUAUUCAGUUUUGUGGCUUCCAUAAGUUCAUACAUUUGUAAUACGCUUGGCAACACAUGGCAGUUUGUUAGCAGCAUUUUCCAGUUUGCAGCGUCUUCUGAAGCAACAGUCAGUGUUUCUGAAGUUUCUAUGUGGCAAAGAACUCUUUGGAAUGACCUUUUUUCCCAGAUUUUCCGUGCUCUCAAGAGCAUACUCUAUGGGUUUGCUGCCUUCUUCACAGCUUGCAACAGGCAUCGUCUAAGCAUCUAUAAUCAUGUACAGGAGUUCAUCCAAGGAUUAUAUCGUACGUGCCAAAGAUCAAGGGAAGACGACUCUAGAGACAGUGGAAAAACUUGUUUGCCGCUGAAUUUGGCGGAAGAAAAGAAGAACGUUUGAUUGCAUUGUGUCUUUUCAGAGACAGCAUACUGUAUUGGAAAACAAAUUUUACAACUUUGACAAACCUAACACCAACACGUCAUUUUCGGCAAACUCAGUUCGAUUACCGAUAGAAAUUUUAAGAUUCUUUUUCUUUGUAACAAAUUUUGAUUUUACCUUUUCCCCUCUCUUAAGUUCCCCAAAUUUUGAUUUUGAUUCUUUUUCUUUGUAACAGUUGUCUACUUUAUGAUGAGUUUUAUAGUCCAAGUUAUAGUGUGUACAAAGUUUGUACAGUACACUUGUAAAUCUCCUCAAUGUAUAUUCAAAAUUGAGUAAUUGUAAAAUGCACGAGUUUUGUACAGUUUACAGCCACUAAAUUUAAAAUUACUUGGUUAA